AUGUCUGCUGGAAAUAUUUUGGCGUAUUGUAAACGGUGCAUGCAAUACCUAAGUAUUUGGAUGGUGGCUUUACUGGCAGCUACUAUCAGCGCGUCGGUUAUCCCGUUUGCCACUGGUCCCACUUUAGUGCUGAAUGAGGGAAACGAAAAUGUGGAACCGCUUUUUAAAUUAGCAUCCAAUGAUGCUUCGUUUAUGAAUAAUUAUCCUGAUAAACCAAAAGAUACUCGAUCUAACAGAAUUUGGAAACGAAACUCUCCAACUCCACCUCAACCCGAUGAUGAUGAUCCUCCCUUUCCCAAAGUUUCCGAUUUUCAAUGA